AAGAUUUAGGAUCAAGAGCGCACAGAGCAGCCAGAACGCACAGCUUUGGGGAAUAGAUUUGAGCUUAGCCUACACAUUAACAGGGAUGUGACCAGGGAAUCAAGACAGUAAGCCAUCAGCUCUCAUGCAUGUCUUUCAGGAUGAGCCAAUGGAGUUCCUUCUAACCCAACAAUAGGGCAUUGAUAAAUCUAACAGAUUUCUAUCUUUGGGUCUGGCACUCAUCUUUUUUUUUUUUUUUUUUUUCCCAGAGGUGGGGACGGAACCGAGGGCCUCGGCUUGCUAGGCAAGCGCUCUACCACUGAGCUAAAUCCCCAAACCCCUGUGGCACUCAUCAAACACGAAGUAGGUCUCCGGCUAUUAAAACAAGAACAGAGAACCAAGAAGAACACGCAAGCCACAGUUAGUGUUCUAGCUUCAUUUCUGUUGCUGUGAUAAAAGUUUACCCCUAAAUAGCAAAAGGAAACAAUGAGUGCGCCUUUAAUCCCAGCCCUCGGAGGCAGAGGCAGACUUCAAGGAUUCUCUGAGAGUUCCAGACCAACAGGUCUAUGUAGCAAGUUCAAACCUAGCCACCGGCGGGCGACAUUGCGGGGCACUGUCUCAAAACAAAAACAAACAAAAACGAUCCUUAAAUAAGAGGUUCAGAAGGCAUGUGGUUAGGCUGAUAAUGAAGUCCGAUGCCAAGUGCUUUCCUAUCAAGGCACAAGCUUAAACUUUCAGGCUCUGCAGAUGUAAGAUUCAUCCCAAAGACUGAAAACAAUUACGAACACAUCAGGAAAAACUCUUGUCUGGAAAACGGGACAUGAAAAUCAAACCAAAGGCAGAAGAGGACAGGUUUCCACUUUGGGGUCAGGAGCUCCAGCAGCACGCACUGCAGCCAGCGCGUUCCGGAGACCGAAGAGUGGGUGGGAACCCGCGACCCUCUCCUCCCCGCAGCCAGCCCGGGCGAGCGCCACCGAGCGCGGACCUCCCGCGCACCUCCGGCGCCUAGAGCGGCCUCGCCGGACCGCCGGGCGGCGCACUUCCGGCUGCGCGUCGCCACUCGCGCACUGCUGGGCCUCGGAGCCGGCCUGCGCCUCCCUCGGCUCCGGCGGGCCUCAGGGAGAGGGGUGGAAGAUGUCUAUGGAUGUGACCUUUCUUGGGACAGGAGCAGCAUAUCCAUCGCCCACUCGGGGCGCCUCUGCCGUGGUUCUUCGGUGUGAGGGCGAGUGCUGGCUCUUCGACUGUGGGGAGGGCACACAGACCCAGCUUAUGAAAAGCCAGCUUAAAGCAGGUGUCCCACCAGGUCCUGCCUAUGGGAAGCUGAAGAAUGGGAUUUCUGUUGUUUUGGAUAAUGGAGUUACAAUUUCUCCCCAAGAUGUCUUAAAAAAACCUAUGGUUGGAAGAAAAGUCUGCAUCCUGGGCGACUGUUCCGGGGUCGUGGGUGAUGGGGGAGUGAAGCUGUGCUUUGAGGCAGACCUGCUGAUCCAUGAGGCGACUCUGGAUGACUCCCAGAUGGACAAGGCGAAGGAGCAUGGCCACAGCACACCACAGAUGGCAGCAACAUUUGCAAAGCUGUGCCGUGCAAAGCGCCUCGUCCUGACUCACUUCAGCCAGAGGUACAAACCAACUGCCUUAGCCAGAGAAGGGGAGGCAGACGGCAUCACGGAACUGAAAAAGCAAGCCGAGUCUGUGCUGGAGCUCCAAGAAGUGACUCUAGCGGAAGAUUUUAUGGUGAUUGGCAUUCCGAUCAAGAAGUGACACGCACGCUCCCGAGUGCGUUAGUGUGGACGUGGUAUGGAUGUGUUACCAGACCUGCACUACAGACUCUUUUGUUUCUUAAAAUUACUUUGGCCCUAACAAUCCUAAAGAUGGAGCUGGAUUGCUGAGCUGACUCAGUAGUGAGAGGGAACGAGAUUUUUUUUUUUUUUUUUUGGUUCUUUUUUUUUGGAGCUGGGGACCGAACCCAGGGCCUUGCGCUUGCUAGGCAAGCGCUCUACCACUGAGCUAAAUCCCCAACCCCGGGAACAAGAUUUUAAAUAAUGAAUCAUUUUUAAAAGAUGAAAAAAUUUAAAUCAUUUAAAUUUAAAUUUUUAAAUAUGAAAAGUCCUUCCUGAAGUGCAGAGGUGACAAGAUAAUUCAUGGUGCAGGGAACUUAUUUUGUGGCUGUUGCUACAGACAGCGUUCAACUCUGUGCAGUGUCGGACUUAGCGGCGCCCAGCUUAGUCGCCACUACUGAUGACGUAUGCAGGACUGAGGCCUCUUGGCUAAAGAAACGGUAGCAGAAUUUGUACCGAAUUUGCGUCCCUAAUGGAGAUAAAUGUAUGGGGGCAAUACAUGGGCAGUAUUGGUGACACGGUGGUCUCACCGGGAGGUCAGUGCAGGUUUGGACUGAGUUUUAGCAUUUUCUUCAACAUCCUGGUUUCUUUUAACACACGGUCCUGGGUAGACUACUAAGAAUUAGGUAAUGGAAUUGUUUUCCUGCGGCAGUGACGGAGGGGAGAUGGUGACAGCACAGUAGUGUAGUCAGUGGGGGUCAGGGAUGCCAUACAUGCUGCGCAGUCCUGCAUAAGAAUUACCUCAAAGUCCUAGGCCUGUGCAGAGACACAAAUUAAAGCCUUCAUUCCUUAUGCGAUGUGCUCGGCCAAGGUUAAUGACGUAAUGGGCUGCAGUAAUAGAUCAGCCAAGUCCUCCAAUAGGAGGGGAGGGUGUGUGUGUCAGAAUUAGAUGCUGCAGCAGGUGUUAUUUGGAAAAGUGAGUCAUCGAGUGAAUCUCAUAGAUGUGGAGAGAGACAGUCACCCCAGCCCAGGGAGAGUCUGCCUCAGGCCUAGAAGUCCUGGAGCUGUGUUGUGAGUUGAGUGUGGUGGAAGUUGGAGAGGGAGCUCCUGCUUCUGCUUCCAGAGGCUGAGUUAGGAGGUCAGAGUAGACCCGACCCUGCACUGCCGAGCUGCCUGGGUGAUUCUGACAGACAUAGGUACUGAACCAGCCUAGGAGAAAAAAAAAUUGUCUUUUUUUUUCUAUGUAUUUAAAUUCAGGGUAUAUAUAUAUUUUAUAGAUUCUUAUAUAUAUAUAUGUUUAUGUGUGGUAUAUUUUAUGCAUGCAUAUUUUUACAUGAAAGCUGACCUCCCUCCACUAUUUUCCUAAAGCAAAAUAAAGAUAUUUUAUUGGACAAACAAAAGCUAGGAGUUUAUUACCAGAAAAUACUCUUUUAGAAAUUCUGAGGCAUUAUUUUGGCACAAUAAAAAUAAUGUUGUAAGGUUGAGAAAGCAUAAAGGGGCAAACAGAUGGGUGCUGUAGAGGGACACUGACUACAGGCAGCUGACAAGUCCGGACCCUCGUUCUCAUUAUCGUUCCUACAGCAGCAAAGAGUCUUUCGAAGCGUGAGACUAAUGCACUUUUAGAGCUGUGUUAUUUAAUGAUGUCUUUAACUCGGAGUACUGAGGCCGUUUCCUGUGGGCAGAAGUAAAAUGGACACAUGACUCUUGAUUCCAAAUCUCUGUCUCUGAGUAGUUCCUCCUCUCUAGUUCUCGCUGUGGUAAAGAGCGUCUUAGCAUGGUGGCUGAAGCCACUGCCUUGCUACUCACAAGGCUAAGGCAGGGAAAUAGGAGGCUGGGCUGUGUCUUUAAAAAAAGACAGAAAAAGUAAAUGUGACUUCUAACAUAUCCUCACAUUCAUUCACAUUCUUCACCACCACACAGGAGUGUCCUGCUUCAUUACUCUAUUAGGAUAUGACGUCAUCAACUUUAAAAACCUAAGUCCUGGGCUGGAGAGAUGGCUCAGCGGUUAAGAGCACCGACUGCUCUUCCAGAGGUCCAGGGUUCAAUUCCCAGCAACCACAUGGUGGCUCACAACCAUUUAUAAUGGGAUCCAAUGGUCUCUUCUGGUGUGUCUGAAGACAGCUACAGUGUACUCACAUAAAAUAAAUAAAUCUUUAAAAAACAAACAAACUAAGUCCUACCCUCUCUUUCACCUCUCCCUGUUUUUAACAAGGUCUCACUGUGUAGCCCAAGCCGGCCUGAAGCUUAAAGUACUCCUGCUUAAGAGCUGGGGUUAUAAACAGAGUUUAUAUUCUGCUCAUAAUGCUUUGAAUAUUUCUUCCCCAAGAAAAUGUUAUAGUUUUUAGCCUGGUGUAGAGCACUUGCUUAAUUUUGACUUGUAGUAUAAAAAGGAAAGAUGAUUUUUGCCUCGAACUGCAAAUGGCUUUAUUAUGCCUUUAAGUUAAUAUAGAUAAUUCAACUCUUUUCCCCUGAAUAUGUCAGCUUAAAAUUUUGCUACUUUUUCCUUUUAUUAAUGAAAUAAGAAUCUUCUUCCAAUGUGUCAGUCCCAGUGGACAGUGAUGGUACUUUAUCUCACAAAGGUAUAUGUUUACAGUGAAAUUACUAGAUCCCACUUUACUGCUAGAUUUGAAGGCUACUGAAAUGGAAAUAAUAGGAGUAUUGACCCCCUUCUUUCUCAUUCUUCUCUUUUCCUUGGAGAUUGGGGUCUCAUGUAGCCCAGGCUAGCCUUGAACUUGCUAUGUAGCCAAGGAUGACCCUGACCUCGUGAUGCUUUUGCCUCCACCUCCAGAAUGUGAGGUAACUGUCUGAUGUCACCAUGCUAGGUCUACGUAGUUCUGAGGAUGGAGCCCAGGACUCUGCCUGCCAAGAUUGCAGCGCUCGAGUAUGGGGGGCUUUUGUUCAGUUUGUCUUUUUAGGGGAUUCUAAAAAGGAAGCCCUGGUCGCAAGAACUAAGUCUAAGGGGAUACUGUGGAUAAUAGUGUGUGAUUUUUCUUUUCUUCUGUGUGCAAAACCAAAAAACAACGAUUUAAGCACGUUACAUUUUAAAAGGCAGGAGAAGUGGCUGGGAAUGUAGCUUGGGUAGAGCAGUGGUUAGCUUGAGCCAGGCGUCUUGAUCCCCAGUGUCUCCUCUUGAAGAGGAGAUCAUGAAUGGUUAAGAGUGGAUUCAAAUUUAAGAAUGUAUGGAAAUGUAAUAAUGAAACUCAUUCUGUACAAUUGACACAUAUUAAUAAUUUUUUUAAAGUGGAGAAAGAAGCUGUGGGAGAAGGGGCAAGAAGUUUGGGGAGGCAAGACAGGUUGCCACUCCUGUUGGUGGCCUCAUGAGUCACCAGUACACUGGAUGUUCUGACGAAGUGUAUGUAUAUAUUCAUUUAGUAUAGCAGUUACGUUAUAGAAACCCAAACAUACAGAUAAAGCCCUCCUCUGGGUAACUGGUCGUUUCCACAUAGACACUCCAGGUAGCUGACAGUUCGAGUCUUUGUAAUAUUCCUGUCCAUCAUCUGAACUGCAGCCAGAGUGGCUUUUUCCCAAGAUGUAAAUUUUUGCCAUCUCUCCCUGGCUUGAAACUCGGUAGCGGUCUGUCUUUACCUCUCUAACCAAUCUUACUCUCCAGUGCUACUCAAGCUUGCAGCCCCAGCCUCAGGGUCUUCUGGUGUCACAGAGCCUUCCAGUGGCCUGCCUCCUUCCCAUGAAAUGGCAUUUGCCACUCCCCAAGUCAGCCUAGUGAACCUUUGUCUUAGCUCUGCUUCCAGGCCUGGUAGAAGCCUGCCUGCCUGCCUGCCUGCCUGCCCAGCUCCUGCUAGGUAGUGCCCUUCUCAGCCCCUCGACCCGUCUUCCUGCCCCUUGUCGGUCACAGCUUCAUUCUGCCUCUGUAUGCGAUGUCUUUCCUCCUUGUCUGUAAGCCACACAAGGGCAGAGCUCUGUCUGCUUCUGCUCCCCUUUAUGACUAACUCGGUGCCUGGAACACCAAAGGCGUUCAAUAAAGAGUGUUGACUGGAUCAUA